CUUAUACAAAACAGUGACUAAUUUCAGAUCUAUAAUUUUUUAUCAUAUUCAAUCACUUUUUAACAUAAUUUAAAGAAUAAAAUGAGUUUUCUUUGAUUAUUGUUUCCGUCGUUUGAGCUCAGUGAUAAUGAUACAAUUGGUUAAAUUAUAAAUAAUUCACAAUUCAAUAUUAUUUCUUGUCAGAUUUCUUUCUUUAAGAGUGUUAUCACAAACGACAAUGAGUUAUAUUUUUGGUGUUUUUAUGGAAAGCAUAUCGCAAAUAGUAUAAUUUUAAAAUAUGAACUGAUUUAUUAUAUUCAACAUGACUGAUACUGCACCAACAAUUACGACACCCAUUUCCUUAUCAACAUAUCAUCAACUCAGCAUAACAGUUGAAUCAGCAAACAUAAAAAAUUCUGGUAUAUUCAAGCCAAAUCCAUAUUUACAAGUAAUAAUAGAUGACAAGAUUUCAAGAAAAACUGAAGUCAUAAAAAAUACAUCUCAUCCUAAAUGGAAAGAAGAUUUUACGUUACUGGUGACACCCUUGUCACAAAUUUUGUUUCGACUGGCUGACCACCACAGUUUUAGAAAAGAUAAUAUAAUUGGUGAAAAAAGAAUAAGCUUGACUAAAAUACUACUUAGCUUCAAUGGAAAGUGUGAAAAUGUUGAGCUUACAAUUGAUUUAAUGAAAAAUGUUACUCAAGAGAGUACAUCAAAUGCAACUACUGAAACAAAGGCAGCGGAUUUAGUUAUCCUCCUUGAUGGAUUGAGAAUAGAUCCAGCUGUAUUGAAUCAGUCACAAGAGGUUACUAGUGAGGCGUCCAGUUAUCGUAAUCUAAUUAAUGAUGGGGUACGCGCUAAGAUACGAUCUCGGAACAAUCCAGAAGCUUCAAGAUCUAUACGCAUGCAAACGUUAAGACCGCCGCCAGGUCCACCACCUUUAAGCAAUGGGGCAGUGCAUGGUGGUGGAGCACAGAUCUCAGAAUUUAUAGCGGCAUCAACGACAAUGGAGAGCGGCCCCGGACCCUCACACCAAGAGCAGCCGCAAGCAACGCCCGAGUUGGUGCCGCAUCCUCCACCUGCAGCCUCCACUAGUGUAGUAGAGGAACCUUUACCACACGGAUGGGAGAUGAGAUAUGACGUUUAUGGACGAAGGUAUUAUGUAGACCACAACACGAGGUCAACGUCGUGGGAACGACCGCAGCCACUGCCACCCGGCUGGGAGGUGCGGCGCGACGGGCGCGGCCGCGUGUACUACGUGGACCACAACACGCGCACGACCACGUGGCAGCGGCCCGACACAGAGCGACUCGCUCGCUUCCAACACUGGCGCGGCGAGCGGCGCCACGUGGUCGCACAGGGCAACCAACGGUUCCUCUACCCGCCGCCCCACCAGCGGUACCAGCCGGAAACAGAACAUGACAUUCCAGGUAGCAGCAGUAACGCAGUGGUAGCGGCGGGUGCUGCGGGCAGCGGCGCCGUUGUGAGCGUCUCAGCGACGACAGGUGGCGCGACAAUCGCCAGUGGAGCGGGAGCGGGAGCGGCAGCGGGCGCGGCCGCGGGAGCGGGAACAAGCACGGGCGCGGGAGCGGGCGCGGGCGCGGGUGCGACGGCAGCGGGCGCAGGGGUCACGUUCGCAGAGGAUGCGCUGGGCCCACUGCCGGCAGGCUGGGAGCGGCGCGUCCACGACGGCCGCGUCUACUUCCUCAAUCACAAGAAUCGCACCACACAGUGGGAGGAUCCGCGGACGCAGGGCCAGGAGGUGGGCGCGCCGGAGGAGACGCUGCCGCUGCCGGCGGGCUGGGAGGUGCGCUUCACGGAGGAGGGCACGCGCUACUUCGUGGACCACAACACGCGCACCACCACGUUCCAGGACCCGCGGCCCGGCGCGCCCAAGGGCCCGCAAGGCGCCUACGGCGUACCGCGAGCCUACGAGCGCUCCUUCCGGUGGAAGCUUAGCCAGUUUCGGUACCUCUGCCAGAGCAACGCGCUGCCUAAUCAUAUUAAGAUCACCCUGUCCCGCCAGACGCUGUUCGAUGACUCCUAUCAGCAGAUAAUGAAGUUACCGCCAUACGAAUUGCGUAAACGACUGUACAUAAUAUUCCGCGGAGAGGAUGGAUUGGAUUACGGUGGCGUCAGUAGAGAAUGGUUUUUCCUAUUAUCCCAUGAAGUAUUAAAUCCAAUGUACUGUCUCUUCGAGUAUGCUAACAAGAACAACUACAGUCUACAAAUUAAUCCAGCUAGCUAUGUAAAUCCUGAUCACCUAUUAUAUUUUAAGUUCAUAGGAAGAUUCAUAGCGAUGGCACUUUAUCAUGGCAGAUUCAUUUACUCGGGAUUCACAAUGCCUUUUUACAAGAGAAUGUUGAACAAAAAACUUACUAUGAAGGAUAUUGAAUCAAUCGACCCCGAAUUUUAUAAUUCGCUUGUUUGGAUAAAAGAAAAUAACAUAGAUGAAUGUGGACUUGAAAUGUGGUUUAGUGUUGAUUUUGAAGUCUUGGGCCAAGUUAUACACCAUGAGUUAAAAGCUGGCGGUGACAAGGAACGCGUUACGGAAGCCAAUAAAGAACAAUAUUUACAAUUAGUAACACAAUGGCGCAUGACCAGAGGAAUAGAGGAACAGACUGCUGCAUUUUUAGAAGGUUUUAAUGAGGUAAUAACCCUGGAGUGGCUUAAGUACUUCGAUGAGCGCGAAUUAGAGUUGAUGUUGUGUGGAAUGCAAGAGGUGGAUGUGGAUGACUGGCAGCGGAACACUAUCUAUCGACACUACACGCGGACCAGCAAGCAAGUUGUCUGGUUUUGGCAGUUUGUUCGUCAAGUGGAUAAUGAAAAAAGAGCAAGGUUGCUUCAGUUUGUGACAGGCACGUGCAGAGUGCCCGUAGGAGGCUUUGCUGAACUGAUGGGCUCAAAUGGACCACAGCGUUUUUGUAUUGAAAAGGUUGGCAAAGAUACGUGGCUGCCGCGGUCACACACCUGUUUCAACAGACUCGAUCUACCGCCUUAUAAAAGUUAUGAACAGUUAUGCGAGAAAUUAAAUUAUGCUAUUGAAGAAACUGAAGGAUUUGGACAAGAGUGAAUAUAUUAUACUAUUUUUAGAAUUAGACAAAUAAUGUAAAUUAUUAGCACAUUAAUAUAAUUGCACCACCUCAAUUAGAGGCAUUAUUCACCAAUGGAAUUGGUGCUGUCCUUCAAGACCAACCAAAUAAUUGUAUCAAUAUUUUCUCAUUUAACUGUGCAGUACUCGCUCAGCAAAAACAUACUUGUGAUCAUGUCUCCAAAUGCGCUAUUCACGUAAUAAUUAAAUGGCGUUUGAUGUCUUUUUACCAUGGCACUAAUAUUAUUGUUCUACUAGUAAAACACAUGAAAUGUUUAUAGUCUCUUAUAUAGUGGAAGUAUUUGCAUAUUUUAUUUCAUUUGACUUACUAGUAGGCAACUGAUAGCGGCAAUACAGUGACGAAUUUACCCAUGUGUUGUGUUGCAACUGUCAUAUUAGCUGCAUAUUAAUAAUAGUGAGUAGCAGUCAAGUGGCACGGGCUUAUGUUAAAAUCGCGCCUGCAGAAGUGUUAUACAAUAAUAUUAUAAUUAUGUAGAUAUGUCUAGAAUACUAUUCAAUUAUAUAAGAAAUAUUUUUUUUAAAUUAGGUGGAUUCUCCAGGUACUAGCGAUUAAUAAAUUUGUUUUAGAUAAAUUAUUAAAAAUAAAUUGUAUUACCAAUGAUGUAAUAAUUCGGAAGGGUUUCUAAUACAUAUGUAAGAUGUAAUUAAUGAUAAUAGAUGGCAUGUAUGAACAUAAAAAUAUGCAAAUAAAUGAUACUGGAAUUAAUUCUAAGGCGCCAUUCCUUAAACCUAAUUCUAAAAUAAAAAUUUCAAUUAGAUACAUUUUGUUAAAAACCAAUAACUAAAAUGUAUAAAUUUAAAACUAUUGUUAAUAUUUGUUUCGAUUCAUAGAGAUGUUGCUGUUUGUCUGAUGUUGACAAUAUUUUAAAUAAUCAAAUUUAAAAAGACACUAAAUGCCAAUUAACAUUUGAUGAUAUAAAGACUUGUCUAUUUAUGUAUAAGUAGGUGGUUAUUAGAUUUUAUUGUAAAUAAUAUGCUACAUUAUACAUUGUAUCAAUUAAUGAUAUCAAUUUUUUUCAAACUAGUGUUAAUAUCCAAUAAUAGAGUCUCUGAAUUUAUUUUGCCUGAAAAAAAAAACUUAUAUUUCCAAAAACAAAAAUUAACGUAAAAAAGAACAAUGUAUAUCUGUAGUAACGAUACAUUGUACAAGCUAUGCACAUACCUAUUAUUACGUAAUGUCGUUGGUUACAUGCAUAUUUUACACACACAUAUAUAUAUAUAUAUAUAUAUAUAUAUAUAUAUAUAUAUAUAUAUAUGUUUGUGUGUGUGCGUGUGUGUGUAUAUAGUAAUAUAUUUGUUAGGAACAAAAAUUUGUGAGACCAUAUUAUUGAAUACUAACACUGGUGUUAAGAGACAGAUUUCGUUAAUCAUCAGUGUAUGUUUCGGCUAUAAAAUUCUGAAAAUUUAAUAAAUUAACUUUUAUUACAACAUUCAUUGUAUUGAUUGUAUAAACUGCGACACAUGUACCUGUUUGUUUGAAGAGUUCUUUAACUUCAAAUAAUUUACUCUCAUAUGUAUUAAAGUGAAUUGAAGUUUUUACUUUGACAUAAGAAUUGAAAAUAUGUUUUUUUUAAAUAACUAUAUAUAUAUAUAUAUAUAUAUAUAUAUAUAUAUAUAUAUAUAUACAUUUCGUUUAUAAAUCCUUAUUAUUAGCAAAAAUUUCAAAUUCUAAGUACCAGUAUGUGUUCUGUUUAUUUUUCCUUAUAUAUUGUCAACCUCUUAAAAGACGUUUUAAAUUUGUUAAAAAAAAUUAUGAGCUACCAAAUAUGGGAUUGAAUUCAACUCUUCAAACUUGUUCGUUUUUUUUAUAAAUAGAUAGGUAUUUAUUUAUGAGCUAAUAACUGGAGGUUUCGCACUAUAUUUAACAAAGUUAAUUUACGAAGUUUUAAUAAAUAAAAGUUAUAUGUUG